AUGUCUACCAUAUCGAAGAAAUUUGUUCUAAAGCACACAUUUAAAAAUGUAUCGAGUAUUAUCGAGAAGAAGCCAGUGUUUAGUGGAGAGGAAGAACAUUUCAAUGUUCCCUGGCGCAUCUAUAUAGCUCGUAACGACGGAAAUCUCUCAUUUUAUCUGAACUGCCCAAAAUCGUUCAAAAUCGGAAACUGGUCCGUUAAAACCCAAAUUCAACUGAGAAUCGUGUCUGGAUAUAAUCGAUUUCUGAGUGCAGAGAACACAUUUGGCAAUACUAACCCGCAAAAUCUGUUCACUUCUUAUGGAUUCGCUAGUUUUAUGAAUUGGGAGACAAUGAUGACGGAAUGUGUUAUUAAUGACACAUUAGAAGUCGAAGCACAUGUUUUGAUCGAAAAAAUGACUGGAUUUAACGAAGAAAGGUUGAUUUAUUUCAAUGAUGAAGAUCUGUCAGAUGUUAUGAUGCUUAUCGGAGAAAAUAAGUUUUAUUUGUCGAAACAGUUCCUUGCCUCACAAUCCUCAUACUUCAAGAGUCUCUUCAUCGAAAAACACAAGAAAACCAGUAAAUUGGCUCUCCCAUUCAUCGAUUCGGAUGAUUUUCAGAAACUUCUCGAACUUCUUCACGGACACCCCGUUAUCAAUGAGAAUAACGUCGAAGGAAUCGUUCUUCUUGCGAAACUCAUCGAUUCUCCGUUAGCCAAACGACAAUGCGAGGAGUUUCUGGUAGAAAAAUCAAAGAAAUCGCUGCAAAAGAGAAUGCAAAUGGCGGAAAGAUAUAAACUGAAGAAGUUGGCGAGUUUCUGUGCGGAAUCAUUGAAUGUUCCAGUUGAAAGCGUUCCAGUCAUGCAACCGAAGCUUGAUAAUGUUGAAAAUGUGAUUCCAAAUCACGCAUUCCAUGCCCAGACCGCCAACUCACCACCUCCACUUAUUACUCUAAAAACUAUUGAUGAAGUGAUGGAAUACAAAAGUAAUUCCGCACUCAUCGAUACUUCUUCGACUGUUCUUGAUGAAAGUUCCAAUAAAGGAUUGAAAUGCGUCUGGAAUGGAUAUAUGAUCUACCAAAAAGGACCAAUCAGUUUGACAUGGAAUUUCGAUUGGAAAGAAUUGAAAUCUCAAGGAAUUGAUGGAUUAUCAGGAGAUAUUCAGUUGAAAUCCCCUGAUAACUCAUUCCCUCCUUUCUUGAUCCCAGUUGAUUUAACAGAAUCCACUCAGAUGAUUGAACACGUGAUUGGAAAUGCAGCAAAUGAUAUUCGUGUCGCGUUCGAAUAUCAUUUCAUUCCUAUAUACUCAUAUCGAGAUGUUACUGUGAUCAUAGAAGAAAGUAAUCCAGAACUUGAAAUCUUCCUCCCGUCGAAGAAAAAUGACACUAUUUUAGUGGUUGAUGCAAAGUUGCUCUAUGUCAAUAAAUCUUUCCUUUCCUACCAUUCGGAUUAUUUCGAGGAAUUAUUCUCCAAAGAUGGGGAAAGUGAGAAUCAAAAUCAAUAUUCCAUUGAUGACGUCAAAUAUGAGGAUUUCGAAUUACUCAUCAGAGCUAUUCAUCCGUAUACCGGCUUUCCGGAUGAAAAUCGUAUUCCGCGACUUCUGGAAAUGGCAUCCCGCUUCAAGGUACCAUCUGUCAUCGGUCAAGUUGAGCAUCAUCUUCUCAACAACUCAAAACUGGAUAAUAUCAAAAUGAUAUGGAUUGCUGAUAAAUAUCGAAUGCAGCGUCUUUUGGACAAGUCUAUCAGUCUGAUGGAUUCCAAAAAGAAAGCUGUAGACGUUAAGAGUUCUCCAGAAUACUCCGAAUUGUCCAGUGAUACAAAAGGAAGACUUUUCGAGAGACUCGUCCUUCUUCUCUAA